AUGAGCGCCGCUGUUUAUGUUUUAUCUACGGUUACCGGAUAUGUGCUCACCUCGGCGUUACUGCUCAAGUGGCCGUCUCUGCUGCAUCGGCGAAAGAAAGAAGCCUUCCGGAGCAGACACAUCUCACACCGCGGCGAGUGCUACUGUGAAGGAGGAGAUGACAAACGCAUCCCUCUGCUGAGAGAUGUGUUUGAAGCUUUUCCAAACACCCCUAUAAACAUCGACAUCAAGGUCAACAAUGACACUCUCAUCAAGAAGGUGUCCGAGCUGGUUGUGCGAUACAACAAGGAGCAUUUGACCAUCUGGGGAAACUCCAGCAACGAAGUCGUUAAGAAAUGUUACAAAGAGAACCCACAAAUCCCAAUCUUGUUCAGUUUGCCCAGAGUGCUGCUGUUACUCGGUCUUUUCUACACAGGCCUCCUGCCCUUCGUCCCGCUUAAGGAACAAUUCCUGGAGAUUCCCAUGCCUUCAAUCAUUUCCAAACUCAAAGAUCCUGAGCGUCAGACACGGAGUCAGCGUUUCAUAACAUGGCUGGCAGACACGCUCCUCAUGAGAAAAGCAUUAUUUGAUCAUCUGACGAGCAGAGGAAUACAGGUGUGUGUCUGGGUGUUGAACGACGAGGAGGACUUUAAACGUGCCUUUGACCUUGGGGCUACAGGGAUUAUGACAGACUAUCCCACAAAGCUAAAAGAGUUCAUGGAGAAAAAACAACUACACUCUUAAAUAAGACUUGUCAGCCAAAGUAAACAAUCAAUUUGCUUUUCCACUGAUCUUUGGCUUCUAAAUGGGCCUUUUAAUUACCCAACAUUCUUUGAUGUUUAUGUCUAUGAGUGUAGAAGUGGCAGCUAUCAGUUCUGCAUACAUCUGCGAUCAGCGUCGGAGCCAUUUUAAACCAAACAGGUUGUCAUGAAAUACUUCUGUUGCGUUAAGUUCAUAGCAAUACAUGUUAUCCAUAAAAAGCAGGAGGAUUCAUAAGAGGCUGAGGUUAUGAUGAGUUAUCAAUCAUGUUGGGAUGGUGUCAUGAUCAUCAUGACAUUUCUGUGAAGUUUUCUCUACAGGCACUUUCAUUGUAUUGUUAUUACAAUGUGAGGAUGUAAAUCCCACAGGUACUUGCUGUGCAUCAGUUUCUGCAAUAACACCGAACUCACUAAAGAGUCAAUUGUCUAAAUUUCGAGACCGAAGCUACUGAAGUUUUUCCAGGGCACUAAAAAUAAAUACUAGUUUCAGGGGUGUACUAUGGGAUUGUUGAGAGACCAAUAAUCAGAAGGCAUUAUAUAUUUUUAUGUUUACUCUGUGGUUUGAUUUGACGUGUAUAUUUUGUUUUUGUGAAUUUGUUUCUUUUGACAAUAAGAGAUUGUCACUUUUGAGAUAAGUUGUGGCUGAAAAGAUGCCUCAUUAUUGCUUGAAGUGUUAAGUGUAGUUUAAUAUAUAUGACCACCAGUCAGAAGUUUUGACACACCAACUCAAUCUUCAUUGUUACUAUGUCAACAUUACAAUGUAUAAUAUUAAAGAAAGUAUGGUAAUUAUGUACCAUUUAAAACAUUUUAUACAUGUGAAAACUCAUUUGAGUUGCUUCAAAACUUGUUUCUGCUUUCAUUUAAUAUAUACUUCAACUCAUAAUGAUAAUAAUAAUACAAUAAAU